ACCUCGCCCGGAGGUACCGCCGGCCGCCCAGUAUCUGCUCCGCCUGGGCUUCCCGUGGGCUCCUGGCGAGACGGGCCCAGCCGGGAGCGCUGAUCUGCAUGGGGCUGCGCUGGCGGCAAUACCGCGGUCCAGCUGGGGUUUUCUUAAGGAAAUCUGAAAGGAGAGCCAUCCUUAUGAAGAGAUGAUGUGUAAUGUCCCAGGUAACUUGGAAGCUUGUGCCACUCCAGACACUGACCAGGACUGGGCACAGGAGCACUACCGACUAGGAACUUUUGUUGAAUUUCCACUUGACUGUCCGGUUUCGGCAUCAGCACUAGCACGAGCUGGCUUUGUUUAUACUGGAGAAGGUGACAAAGUGAAGUGCUUCAGUUGCCAUAGGACUAUUGAAGGAUGGGCACCUGGGGAUUCUGCAGUUGAGAGACACAAAAACCUUUCUCCAAAUUGCAAAUUUAUCACUGAAUCUACUUUUCUGGAAAAUAACGUACACCCUCUCACCCAGAACUACCAGCAUAGAACUGAAAACGGUUCCAGCAAUUCAACCCUCCCGUGUACUCUGGCUGACCCAUCUGAUCUGGAGGCAGAUUACCUUUUGAGAACUAGACAGGUUGUGGAUAUGUCAGAUAAUUUGUAUCCUAAAAACCCUGCCAUGUGCAGCGAAGAGACAAGAUUAAAGUCUUUUCACAACUGGCCCCUCAACAGCCAGCUGACACCGCAAGAAUUAGCUAAUGCUGGAUUCUAUUAUACAGGUGUUGGUGAUGAAGUGGCAUGCUUUUGUUGUGGUGGAAAACUAAAAAAGUGGGAACCCAGUGACAGAGCUUGGUCAGAACAUAAGAGGCAUUUUCCCAAAUGCCUUUUUGUCCUGGGCCGGGAUGUUGGAAAUAUUCCAAGUGAAUCUAUUCCGGCUGAGUUUGGGACAAGUGGUGGUCUGAACAAUGCGCAGUAUCCAAGGAAUCCAUCGAUGGCAAAAUAUGGAAGACGUUUACAAACAUUUUUCACUUGGAUAUAUCCUGUUGACAAGGAGCAACUUGCUGAAGCUGGGUUCUAUAGCAUAGGUAAUGGUGAUCAUGUUGUGUGUUUCCACUGUGGUGGAGGAUUGCAACAAUGGAAGAAAAACGAAGACCCGUGGGAUCAACAUGCCAAAUGGUUUCCUGGGUGGAUAAAAGCUGUCCAAAGACUGACUUACUCGUAUAACAUUGAUAAAAUCAAUGUCUUUUCUGUGUUCACUGCCAAAUUUGUCCUCCGUGGCGGAAGGCUCUCUGGAAGCUGGAAGUGCGGAUUUGUGAGAAAGGAAAAGGGGCUAGAAUUUAUAAAUAAUGUUCACUUAAGAGAUGGAUGUAGGGAUUCAACAACAGAAGCUGCUGAAGGAACAGUACUUCCUAAAGAUGAUCUCUUACAGAAUCCUCUGGUACAAAGUGCCAUAGACAUGGGUUUCAGUUUGUCUGAGAUUAGGAACACCAUGGAAAAGAAAUUGCAGAUGUCUGGAGAAAGUCACACAUCUGUUGAGGAUCUGGUAGCAGACUUAAGUACUCAAAAAGAAAAUAGAAGGGAAGAAGAACCAAAUGAAAUCCCAGUUGAGCAAGAUCAGCUUAUUCGAUUACAAAACCUCUAUCUUAGUACUGAAGAGAAGUUAAGACGCUUGCAGGAAGAAAAGCUUUGUAAAAUCUGUAUGGCUAAAGACAUAUCAGUCGUCCUCAUUCCCUGUGGUCACCUAGUUGCCUGUAAGGAAUGUGCUCAAGGACUUAAUGAAUGCCCUCUGUGUCGUACAAAUAUUGUGAAAAGACAGGAAAUUUUUAUGUAUUAGUGAAAUAUAUAGUGUGUGAAUGCAAAUGUUUCCUGCUUUAUUGCUUUAUGUGUAAUGUAAUGUAAAAAAAUGUAGUUAAUUCCAGGAUGUAAUCAUAUGGCAGUAUUUAGAUUUCUCUGCUGUCAAACUCUAUGUACAUUUUAACAUUUUAAAAAUUACUUUCCUUAAGUGAAUUUUUGGUAUGUAAAAACCAAUAUCGAAAGGCAAAUAUUUAUAUUCUGUAACUUCAUAGACCUGAUUUGGCAAAGCUUUAUUUAUGUGAUCAUUCCUUUGCUUCACUUUGGAAGUGAAGGUUAUGCAAAUAGAGUUGUAUAAAAAUUUAGGGCCUAUAUAAAAUUUGUAAAUAGGUAAAUUAAUUUAAAAAUGUAUUAUAUACAUGUAUAUUAUAUCUGAGAUUUUAGCUUCUCCAAAAUAUUACGUAAGAUUGAAAAUGUCUUAUUUCUGGGACCUUGGAUGUGACAUAAUUCAGAGAAUAUGUGUAAACCUGCUGCUGAAAGAUUUCACCUUAGGUUUGCUACUGCUACUUUGUAAGUUGGUCUGUUUUGAAACAUAAAUCAUCUCGCUCCAGGUUUUUUUUUCUGGUUAGGAUGUAUAAAUUGUCUUCAGUAAACUGGUUUUAGCCAUCCAUUUUUCACAAAAAUCCCUCUGUAUGUGAAAUGUACAUUAAUUUCGUAAGAGAACUCAACAGAAAUUAAGGAGAUUUUAUGUACCUUGUGCCCUUUAUGAAAGGAGCGGUCUCAUUUUAAAAUUGCCCCCCUAUAGAAAAAGGUGCUCAUUGUUUGAUUUUCUUUUCUUGUGUUUUUUGAACAGUUAGCAUUAUCCUAAGUAAUUUUUCUGCUAAUACAUUGCAGUGCUUCUGUUUGUCUAUUUUUUCAUAAGAGAAGAUGAAACUCUCUCCAUGAAAACGCUUGCUUUUAUUUUUUAUAAUUCACCAGUAAUGUUAGAAAUCUUUAAUUUUUGUUCUUGUCAGUUUGAGGCAUUUAAAUUCAAAAGUUAAGAACUAUUCUAGUGAGAUUCACCUUAAAAUACUUAAACUAUUUCUUACUGGACUGAUCCUCUGUUCUCCAAUUAAAAAUGCAUCACAGCUUUGUAUUUAAGUAUAGCUUACGUAUUUAAGUAUAGGUUUACGAUCACUCUACUUAAUUAUGUGACUUCCUUAUUUUGCAGAGCUACUCAUGUGUUCUGUGUAUAUAUUUUUAUCUUUGAGUCCUACACACUAAUAGAUUUAGAAUAUACAGAAUAUAGUUUUUCACAUGAUAAAAGUUUUCAAUCCAAUAAACAGAAAUGUAAUGUC